AUGUGUCGCCUGGACUUCUGGCAAACUGAACCAGGAGAAGCGACUGAGGAGAGAGUUCCGUCGUCAGCUGAGACCGCAGCAGGCGAAGUCGCUGUCGGAGAGGCAAUCCUACCUAUCUACCUAUCCAACACCUUCCUGAACCGACAAUCGCUACCAGCCCCUGAACUCGAGCGUGACCAGCGACCGAUGUACAUCGCAGUCGGGAAGGAACCACCGAACGAGUAG